AUGAUAACUCUAUUUCAGAAAAAUAUUUUUCAUCAGUUUUUCAUCGUCUUAGCGUGAGAAACCCGGGUACAUUUAUCAAUAUCGUUGUAGCGCAUUGACGAAGCGUUUUUAUGCACUAUGAUUCUAGUUGCCAAGGUAGAAAAUCUAAUGUUUAAAGCAAAUCUAAUAUAUUUUACCUUAUAGAGAAUGCUUAUAUAUUGAACUGGGAAUUUAACUAGCCUAUAACAUGUUUUCUUUACGUCAGUUUAAGAUAUUUAGAUGUAUACAUUAGAGUUGAAAUAAUAAUAAUCUAAAGAACUCGUUAUGAAGGGCGGAAACAUUAAAAGAUGCAAUAACGUAUUUUGAAAUAAUUGUUUUGUUUUAUUGGACCUGCCAUUUUAAAAAACCUCAACACGAUUUGCUUGUUUGGAUUUGCGAAAUUAGACAGCUAAGCAACUGAUUGUAAGCUCCAUUAUUACUGUUUGGGCCAACGUUAAAAAAACAAUGAAAAAGAGCCAUCUUAAAGUUCUGCUAUUCAUUAAAAUUUUAAACUUGGUGCUAAGUGACCCCAUAACCUCGGAGCAAGCUGGGUGUGUCGAAGGACCAGCCUUACCUGGACAGUGGCAGCCUAAAUUGAAUAUAACAGUUCUUCCAUCGCAGUCCGUACCUAGCUUUUCUCAACUAAACAUUGUUUGUGAUGCAAGCGCGGCAAGAAAGAUUAAUGCCUGCUUGAAAUUACCAAAACCACCUCUGCCCCCAACAAGAAUUCUCAUCAAUAUUGGAGUCUACCUGGUUAACGAAUGUCUUUCUCCCACAAUUGUAAACCAGUGCACAUAUAAUCUGACAGCAUUCUUUCAAGGCAUACCACCAAGAAUCAGUUGUACUGCUUUCGAUGCUACUGGAGAUUGCAGAUUUAAAACAGUUAAUGUCAGUCUUGUAGAAGAUUAUUCAAAAACUAAUACGAAAACAUCAGUUUUGUUGACGAAGUUGGUCCCAACAAUGCCGACAACUGCAUCAAAGAGCAACAAUAAGAAUGUCUAAUGAAGAAAAUGAAAGUGAUGAUAACAGUGAUGAUAGUGAAAAUGAUGAAAAUGAUAACGAAGACGGUGAUGACUAAAGAACUAGAUGAAAAAAACAUUAUGCUACUAAAAACUGCUUUACUUUUAUGUAUAUAAACAUUUAGUUUCCGAGAAAAAAAACUCCGCUUUUUUUACAAAAGGCA